UUCUGUGAAGCACCGCUCAACCACAACAACAACAACAGUGAGCAGUGCUGUUAUGGACGCUACAUCCUCAAACUCAGCGUGGAGGGAACCGGACCAGGAAACGGCUCGAAACUGGAAUAAUCUCAUCGGUUGAAUAUUUGUGAACGUGUUUACACAGCACCGUGUGUUCUGUGCAGCCAGCGCCCGGAAACUCUGCUGGUUUGUGGACAAGAUCUCACAGAGGUGAGGAGUUAGCUGUGCGCAGCCUCCAGGACGUAGACGGUGGAGAGGGCUGUGGGUAACACCUGGUGACGCUGCUCUGAACUAUACACUGCAUAUAAAAGUUCCACACACACACACACACACACACACGCGGCUCGCCUUCACCAGAGAGCUGCUUUGUGUUGUGACGCCGCGCGGGUGAUGUCGCGGGUGCGAACAAGAUGGAGGGUGAUAAGGCGUCCUGUGUGUGUGGACCUCUGCUCCGUGUGAGCUGCUCUCUGGGGUAACAUCCCCCGACUCCGCUGAGACCCACUGGAUCCAUAACAUCACUGCUUUCAAAAUAAAAGAGAGUGUCCCAGACUCUGUGGUCACUGGUUAGCCUCUAUGUGUUGAAGUUUGGUGGGCGUGGUGGAGGAUCUCGCCACCAGGCGUGAACACAGUAACAUAAUUAAUGUAAGAGGACGACGUGAGAUCACAAAAUGUCUGACUCCGGGGGUGCAACAAGUUCUCCGGGCUCCUCCGGCCUCGGCAGCAGGGGCGGCCUGAGUCUCACCGCGGGAAGAGGACUUCCGGUCACAGCCAUGAGUCUGUCCUCUCCAAUUCCACCUGGAAGACUGACGUCCCUCAGAACCAGGGACUUGACACUGGGAGGAGCCUUCAAAAAACCCAAGAAGACCUUUGAGCCAAAUGUCCACGCUGUCAGGAAAAGCAAAGACGAGUUAAAGGAAAAGAUAAAUGUGGCUCCGAAAAAGGAGAGAAAAGAGAGGAAUGAGAGGAAAGGAGUGAGGGAAAACAGAGGGAAGAGGAGAGAGAGGCCUCGGACUAUCCAGUCUCACUCCAUCUUUGAACAGGGUCCUGCCGACACUGUAUGCAAAACAGGCUGGCGUGGUGCUACAAACCCGUGUGACUCCACCACCUCUCCUGUGUGUAAACUGGUGAAGAAAGAGAGGAAUCCUUCAGAGGAGGAUGAAGAUGAGAUACUCAGCAAACUGCAGAGAGAUGAUUUCAUAGACGAUCCAGAUCUGAGGAACGAUGCCAAUCUGAAACCCAUCCAGCUGCCUCUGUGUCAGUCCAGCAGCUUCAACACAUGUCCAGAGAACCCUCCUCUGUUCAGACCUCCGGCCUGUGGGACGGAGGUUAGAGCCAGCCACAGCAGGACAGAGGUGCCCAAACAAGAGCAGCCUUCUCUGGUGGAGCUGCUGCAGGAUCUCAGGCUGUCUGGCAGAGAGGAGUUCUUCUUCAUGCAGUUACCCGACUGUAUGCCGGGUCAAGCAUCUGAACAGAAGGCGGCGCCCCCUGUCAGACCUGCAGCACAGAAAGCAGCCAGGAAGGAGGGCAGACCUGCAGACAAGAGGCCAACACAUCUACAAGCACAGCAGGAUUUGAUGAAGGAGGGCUGUCCUGUGUUGUCACAACUGCCAGAGGGAUUUCUGGGUAAACUGCAGAUCAGGAAGUCAGGAAAGGUGGAGCUGAAGAUGGGUGACAUUGUCAUGGAUGUCUCUGAAGGAGCUGCGUUCUCCUUCCUGCAGCAGCUGGUAUCUGUGCAUCUGUCCGAUGGAAAGACCGGAGACAUGAUGGUGUUGGGAAAUGUUCAUCAAAAACUGGUCCUAUCCCCUGACUUCCACAAUUUACUGAGCCAAGCUUCAACACAGCAGCAGACAGAACCCAGAUAAUGUUCUACACAGACUUAACAGAUCUGAAGGUCUUUACAUUUUCACCAGAUUCCUGAUCCACUGGUGAGGAAAAUUGACAUUAGACAAGUCGUUGAACUCUUCAUACCUCUGCAUUGAGGAUUCAAAGGCAGCUACUUAAUUAGCCAGUUUUUAUUGUUAACAUGUUAUUAUCGUGAGUCACUCUUUUUGACACUGUUAGAUGUUUUGAUGAAAAUUGUGAUGUGGUCAAAAAUACAUGGUGUCAAACUCAAACCCCUGAUACACAAGGAUUCAGCCAUGUGCUGUUACCUAAGCACUGAUUCUAGAUGGGCAACUUGUCACUGAGAGGAGGGCGCUGCGUCUCUUCCACGCACCAGCACAGAGCUUCAGACUGCCUGAACACCAUCCACCAGCAAAAGGCAACAUCCACUUCAUGUAGCUGAUUUUGGUCUGUUAAAAUAUUGAUUCAGAAGAAGUCAUUAACCAGAGAAAGAUCAAGUGAACAGUGAAAGUGGUCAUCAUUUUCCCUCAACACUAAGAUCUGUUUCAUUUUGAUCCACGAGUUCAGCUUUUGUUACAGUGGGUCGUUCUAAUAAAAAGCCCUCAGCAGUAAGUUUGUACAGUAUGUAAAGUUGGCCCCAUGUCAUAUUUCUAUGAUGAUAAUACUGUGACUUUAAUGUUCCAUGCCUGUCCUUGUCAGGGGCUCAGACUCACCUUAUUAUGCUUUAGAUAACCUCUUAAAAGUCACUCUAUUGUCUGCCAAUACUGGUCAUUUUUUAUGUCUAUAGAUUUUUGACAUGUUCUACUGGUGUUCUUCAGUCUUUUAUUGUUUGAUACGUGUAAUGUUUUUUCUACACUGGUUUUGAAAAAAGCUUUGCAAAUAAAAGAAAUCCUUGACAUUUAAAAA